UAAACCAUCAUCAUGGCUCAUGCCUAAAUGUUGUGCUUCUUUAUUCUAUAUUUUUGUUAAAUAUACAAAUAUCAUUUUGUUAACAUUAUUCACGUGUGGAGAACACGUACUCAGGAGUACUCUGUCAUCACAUCGGAAAGAGUGAUGGAAGUUGAGGAGUCUGUCAGUGAGAGCAGUGUGAGUGAGACUAAAUCCAUGGUGUACAGCCCCAUUUUUCUUCACCCUUCUGAAUUUGAUAACUUGGUUCAAGUUGUGGAUGCUCACAAUGAUCUCCCGGAGAAGCAAGUAGUCACAAUGGUGAUGGAUUCAAGCAGUAAUGGCCUAAAUAGUGACUCACAAGCAGGGUUCUUCUGUUAUCUCCCGGCAUGUGGAAGAGAAUUUAGCAGCAUGAGUGUCAGUGAAAGUCAUUACAAUCUCUGUCACAGACACGUGUGUGAGCACUGUAAGCGAGUAUUCCCAACGAGUCAGCUGCUAGAGAUCCACGUACUUGAAUGGCAUGAUGUACUGUUUAAUGUUCUCACAAUGAAGCAAGACAUGUUCCAGUGUAUAGUGGAAGGUUGCUCAAUUGUCUUUAAGGACUCGGAACAGCGAUGGUCGCAUGUGACGGCGUAUCACAUCUAUCCAACAGAUUUCAGGUUCUUCAGGUCUUCAUCUGCAAAGACACAAAAACCUCAGGUGGGAAAGAAACAGCAAGGAGUAGCAAUGGAAUGUGACACAAAGAAUGAAAGAAUGAAAGAAGGAGAUGCAACAUUUGUUGACAACAGAGCUUUGCAAAGGUUUCCAAAGAAAAUUUCCUUCGGGCAUGGGAUUGGACGAGGGUUCCAACACACCAAUAUGCAGAAAAAGAAGAAGAAGGGAAAACAAUGGCAUGCGGCAGCCAAAGAUGAGAGCAUGGACUCUACUGUAAAUUUAGAGAACAUAAAGUUGACAGACCUAGCCUCUGCAUUAGAUGACAAAUGAAUUGUUUAUUUUUGUACUCAUCAUUGUUUACAAACUGACCGUGUAGCAUUUUGUAAAUAGUUAACCUGGAAAAGUACACAUGCAUGACUUAACCACUAACAGGAACAGUCCUGUUUAUAAUAAUACACUUGGAGUAAGUAAAUAAAUUUUACAUGAUUCAUCAUCAUAAAAACAUCAUCUAAACAUCUUGAUCAUUAUAAAAACAGUGUAAACUCAUGGCUUAUGGUAAUUGCUAAUCUGGUAAUGGUACAUAGUUACUAACUUACUAUAUAUUAUUAUAAGUAUCUAUUGUUAUAACUGCUGCAACCAUCUUAAAUAAUAUGCUAUGAGGAUGGCCAUAAAAUGAUUGUAGUAGUAACAUUUGCAACACAUUUUAUUCUGUGUUCGACAUUGCGUGAGUAUACAAUUGAUUUGUAAACUACAUGUCUGAUGUCUCCUACUGUGUAUUCUGUCUGCCUUACUGGAUCCAAGUGGUAUUUCAUCUGUGUAACUGUAUAUUUAUCAUAAAAAUGUAAUGUUAUACACGAAAGAUCCUCGUGGAGGAUAUGGCGUGCAUAAGAAGAUGAAUGGACACGUACCUAUUGUAUUUUCUAAUGUUAAUAUCAUUGACUAGUCACUAGUGCAACCAUGUGAUGUGCUGGAGUGUAUAUAAACUGAAAAUUGUCUUCUACAUUGCUUAAUUAAAUGAUUGAAUGGAAAUAGCAUUUUUAUCAUUUUAUGUAUCGCCUACUACACAUUAAGCAGAAAUACAAAUUAAAAAGUGAAUAAGUAAAAUAAA